CCACUGAUAUUGCCGGUUUCGAUCCUGAGGAAGCGAGAGAUGAAAUGGUUGGAUAUGUUUAAGCACUGGCCGGAUUACAUGAACAGGCACUUCGACAAGGUAAAAAGUCGUUGUCGAAAGGGCAUACCUCCGUCGGUGAGGGCUAAAGCGUGGAAGUAUAUGUGUGGCGCUCAGUACCUCAUGACUAGCCCUAGUACAAUGCAUUUGUUCGAAGUAAGUAGCGUAGGCGGAUGUCAGGCUGAUUUACUGCUGUCUGAAUUUUUGACAUUAUAA